UGGGUGGCCACGCCCCUUUUUGCGCCCCUUGUGACGCCAGCGCCCAGGGCUUUUUGCGCGGGAAAAGAAAGCAGUCCGGAGCUCCAGCUACACCUGCUGGGACCCACCUUUCGAGCAGGCUGUAGCAGGCUCCGCGCCUCCGGGGGCUAUGGGGUUGCUGGAGCUGUGUGAGGAAGUGUUCGGCACCGCCGACCUUUACCGAGUGCUGGGCGUGAGACGCGAGGCCUCGGACGGCGAAGUCCGACGCGGCUACCACAAGGUGUCCCUGCAAGUGCACCCUGACCGGGUGGGUGAGGACGACAAAGAGGACGCCACUCGUCGUUUCCAGAUCCUCGGGAAAGUCUAUUCCGUUCUGAGUGACAAAGAGCAGAGAGCGGUGUACGAUGAGCAGGGAACAGUGGACGAGGAUUCUGAUGUGCUCAACCAAGAUCGGGACUGGGAGACGUAUUGGAGAUUACUCUUUAAAAAGAUAUCUCUAGAAGACAUUCAAGCUUUUGAAAAGACAUACAAAGGUUCUGAAGAAGAGUUGGCUGAUAUUAAACAGGCCUAUGUGGACUUCAAAGGGGACAUGGAUCAAAUCAUGGAGUCUGUGCUGUGCGUGCAGUACACAGAGGAACCCAGGAUAAGGAACAUUAUUCAGCAAGCCAUUGAUGCUGGAGAGGUCCCAUCCUAUAAUGCCUUUGUCAAAGAAUCAAAGCAAAAGAUGAAUGCUAGGAAAAGGAGGGCUGAGGAAGAGGCUAAAGAAGCAGAAAUGAGCAGGAAGGAGCUGGGACUUGAUGGAGAAACUAACUUGAAAGCAGUCAUUCAGAACAGACAAAAGGAUCGGCAAAAGGAAAUGGACAAUUUUCUGGCUCAGAUGGAAGCAAAAUACUGCAAACCUUCCAAACGAGGAGGGAAAAAAACAGCUUUCAAGAAAGAAAAGAAAUAAUGGAAUUUUCUCUUCAGAAUUCAUUAGGUGUUAGCUGAUGGCAUUGUAGGCAAAAGGUACAGACAAGAUCUGAAGACAAAAGUCAAUUCAACCCUUGGGAAAAGUUGUCUUUCCUGACUAAUUAUGUGGAUUAAGUAUAUAACCAGAGUCACUUGAACUGAUCUUAGUAUAUCCUAGAAAUCCUCUGACAUUCUGUGAAGUUCUCCCAUAAAGGAUUUGGUGGUGAUCAUUGAGGGGAGAGGGGGAGAUUGGUAUACUUCUGACAGCACUUGCUUCUGUGUCCAUACUUUCCUUACCAGCUAUCAUUGCUACACAAGAGUGAACUGCAGAGUAUUCAGAGUGAUGUGGGCGUUUAUUACAGCCAGUAUUCCACUUAGCAAGAAAUGCCUUCAGAACCCUUGCUGGACAUCUGUCUUCCAAAUACUUGACAGUUUGCUUUUGGUCUUAAAUAGAUCCUCCCUUUCUCUCUGUUUGUUUCACUCGACCAGGUUUUGUACUCUUUGCUUGAAGUAUAGGAGAAACAAUUGUUCACACCACUUCAGGCAUCUUUAUAAGGCUUAACAUGAUUAAACAAGUAAAACAUGAUUUAAGUUUUAAAUGAUCACUGGAAUAUUACUGCUAAAUGCUCUUGGGCAGGUCACUGAGCUUGUCUGAACUUGUUUUCUCAUCCAUGAAAGGGUGAGGGAGUUUGGGUAAAUGACUUCUUAGAAGCCUUUCUGGCUCUUAACUCUGAUUUUGAAAGACAAGCUAUCAGUAGUUUGUUUUCGUGCACUCAUGGUAUUGAUUUGCAAGAAUAGUACAGAGAUUUUCACUUAUGUGUAAUCCAGUUAUAUGUAUUCAUUAGAAUAUAUGGAAGGAUUUUAGGGACUGUUCAACUUAAAAUCUCU